UCUCUCUCUCUCAAUAUCGUUCGGUGGUUCUACCGGCGGCGUGUAGAGUAAAUGCCUAUUCAAAAGCAUUCGGAUGAUUCUCUGUCCGGAGAUGAGGAUGAUGUUGAGCUGCAACGUACUAAUCAGAACAUUUCCGGAGAAUCCGAAGAAGACGACGUAGAACAAGAGGGACAAGCAGAGUCGGAUGACGAUGGAAGCCCUUCCUCUAGUAGCAGCGACAAAGACGAAUUUGUUUAUGUAAAAUUGGCUGAUGUUCGCAAGGAAGUGCAGUGCCCAAUUUGUUUAGGUAUAAUUCGGAAGACCAGAAAGGUUAUGGAAUGUCUUCACCGAUUUUGUCGAGAGUGCAUUGACAAAUCCAUGAGACUUGGGAACAAUGAAUGCCCUGCAUGUCGUGCUCACUGUGCAAGCCGCCGAUCUUUGAGGGAUGAUCCUAAUUAUGAUGCCUUGAUUGCACUCUUGUACCCUGACAUUGAUAAAUAUGAGGAAGAGGAAUUGGCCUUUCAUGAAGAGGAAAAAGCUCGGAAUAAACAGAUCCAAGCAUCCAUAGCCCAAACUUCUCGCCGCCAGCUGGAAGCAUUAGGAAAAAAACGUGCAACUGCUAAAGCGACAGCCACCGCCUUCAUGAGAAGAUCACAGUCAAACCCUAGAAAUCUGAGGGGAAGAAAAAGACAAAAAUCCACUGAACCCCAAGUUUCCGAAAACGACCUCGAUGCUGAUAAUGAUAAUGGAGACAAAUAUUCAUCAUCUACAGAUGAGCCUGAGCCCUCAACAGAAGUCAAACUCAAAAGGUACAAAAGAUGGUCAGUAGGUCAAUCAAGCAGUGGGAAUGGAAUCUGUGAUUCCAAUGCCAAUGAGAGAGAUGGAAUUAGAAAACAUUGUCCAGAGAUUUUGGCAUGGGGUAGGGGUGGAAUGCGGAGUCAUACGCGACAUGGUGGUCAAAGUAGUGGUGGUGGUAAAAUUGGGAGGAAUGGUCAUAUCUCAAAGCUGAUUGAUCAUCUUCAAAAGCUGCCAAGAAAUGAUGAUAAGCUGGAAAUUCAUCUGAAGCUCAUAUCAUUGGAUGAGCAAAAUAUGCCCAAUUUGAAGACUAUAUUUGUUUGCUGCAAGCCCACCAUGUCAACUACAAACAUCUCUCAGUUUGUUGCUCAUGAGAACAAUAUGCAAGCCAACGAAAUCGAGUUAUUUCUUGUGAAAGGAGAUGAUUCAGAACACAAUCUUUCACCAUUGGAAGAACAUCAAAUCUUGUCAGAUCUUGUCAAAACUUCAAGCCAAAACAAUCUGACUAUAGGUUACAGGAAGAAGUUGGUUGUUGGGUAAUAAAGUCAUUAUGAAGCUCUAUUUGUCCUGGAAAACUUGUUACUUAUUUUUAGUCAAACCAGGGAGGAAGAAUGGGAUGAUAUGUGAGAGAAAGUUAGUUAACUUAUGAAUAUAAAUUAUGGUAGAGUGUACAAGAACUGAGGUAAAUACAUUAAAACUAUCUUUUUAUAUUACAGUGGCUGAAAAAUAAAAAAAGGUCGUAACUUUUUUAUCUUAAUCGGG